CGUAGGAGGGGGUGGGCCCUAUAUUCGUCCCAAAGCCAAGUCGCCCGUUCUGCCGCCUCACAAAGUGGGUAUCCAGAUGCUGGGAAUCUUGUUCAAUUCUCGCGGGCGUUGUAUUUCCCUCGGCACGACAGAAAAACAACUCACUUGGCCGUCCACGAUAUAAGCGACCAGUAUGCGGCGGCUACGGGCAGCUUUCCCAUCGGGAGCACCCGCCACGUAUUAGCCGUGGGUGGUAUACCGAAGCCGCAAAGUAAUGGACCAGAUGAGACGACCGUCGCGUACGAUGUGAAUUUGAGCCUGCGCGAUGAGCAUGCGGUGGCGGGAACAGUGAAAUGCCGGACACCAUUAAUUCCGGCUGAUAUAGACUUAACGAUAUCAAACACCGAAGAAGAAGCUGCUGUCUUAAGUACAAGGAGUGUAUAUCCAACCAAGAUACCCCUACACGUCACGUAUCCCAUUACUCCCUCGUCAACCCGCAUCGGCACCGUCAAACAUCCCUAUUUCACCUUCGAAAUUCCCAAUGAUGACAGUAAGCCAACCAUCUUCCAAUGGCAGAUUCAUCCCAAGGAGCACGGGCGUUUGCGGUAUACACUUGUCCGCAACCCCGAGGGAUCCAGCAGUCCUGAUAUCCAGGCUGUAUACUACCACCUCGGGCUCGACGACUCCUUCGCUCUAUUGUUUAGUGAGGGUAUACUACUUCUCCCUGCUGGUCAAAGCUCGGUAAAAGAAGAAUUUGCGGUGACUAGUGUUCUGGCGAUGCUGUGGCGGCUGCGGGAACUCCAUCGGGGAAAGGGUAAGGUUGGGGGAAGAAAGAGAACAAACUGA